AUGAACAACCGGCCGGUUGAGCAGGCCCUUGGCACAUUGGUGCCGACACACGCCAAUGACCUUCCGCAAGAGCUGCUUAGCUAUGCAAUGUCUCUGGUUGCGCAGUCCCGGAGCUUCUCGAGCAGCCUGAAGCCCGAGGAGGAAAUCGCUCGCCCCUACGCUUGUGCGGAAAUUGCUUGCAGAAGGUACUCCGAGCUCAACCACAUUCCAUUUGACAAUUGGGCGCUAAUUGCCUCUGUUCCACAUCUUAGACUAAGCAGAACUCUCAAACUUCCCCCACUAUUGGGGCAUGCGCCAUGCCCCCCACGCAUCUACAAGAAGCUUUAUACAUAUCUCGAUCGAUCGCUGACGGCCAGCUCAGCUGGAAUUAAGCGAUCAGCAAGUGGUUCAGCCCCAGGAACACCAUCCCGUGCUAGCUCGACGCAGACGACACCAACGAAAGGGGCGGCGACCAUGAACAGCCCAACGAAGAUGGUAGCACCGACACCUCGAGGACUACAACACUCGCCGUCAAAGCCUACUCCUCUAAAGAGGAGCAUGAGUACGGCAAACAAUCUCGGCAGUCCCUCGAAGUUAGCAAAGAAGCCUUCAACAACCCGGCCUAUAGAUUUUACUGGGUCAACUAGCAUCCCAGAUGCCCCGGCCUGGGUUAUGACGGCCAUUCGGACAGUAUGCAAGAUUUUGUCCACUCCUGCGCCACGUACAAACUCAUGGUCGCGACCGCCUAUCUCAAGAACUUUGCCUCCGCAUAUCUUCUCUGGUGUCUCCUCCAUUCUCUAUCAUACCUCGAGCAUGUCCAAUGAUGAAAAGGGGUGGGACGAAGAGACACUAGACUUUUUGGAACCGAUUGUGUCCAUUCGGGCCUCUGACAAAGACGAUGAUUUCAAAGAAUUGGUAUAUGCCAUGACUGUUGCUGUCUACUUCCUUGUCUUAGCUCGGCGCCGCAACCCUGGGCCUGAUGCAGAACAAGAUGUCGAGACACAGAAAAUGGAUAAGAAAACAUUCAUUGAGAUGCGCCAAACGGCAUUGAAUAGUCUUGGACUCAAAGCCAAUGACCGCAGACACCGCGAUGAUGUUGACCAGUGGAUCGCUCUGAUCAUGGAGCAGGGGUGGGCCAAUGGCCAGGAGUGGUUUGAGAACAUUCCCUAUGCUGGUCAGCUGUUCGGCGACGAUGAGGAAGGCAAGUCCUAUCAGGAUAUUGAUGAAGAAGAUGCUGCACUCAGAGGCGUCAGACUGCCAAAGCGUUCAGUCGGUGGCGAAGGGACUCGUUCAAAGUCUAAUUCUGCUCCUCGUAGUGGUCUUUUGCCUGGCCUUGGAACCAUGAUGCAGGAUCGUGUCGACUGGCUGAGCGAUGACCGCCAGGAGGAUUUCGUAGAAUGGAAGGCAUAUAUCAUGGCUCGCAUCCAAGGAGCUGCUGCUUGA